AUGGAUAAGAUUGGAAAACGUAUAGGGCCGCUGCCUGGGGGUCGCCCGGGCGCGUCUGGAGCUGGCGCUGGACGCGGCAGCAUGCGGGCCGCCAGCCGAGCGCGAGGAGCUGCAAGAUCACCUAACAGCCCCCCGCAUCCAUCAUCCCCACCAGACGGCUUGAUGUCGGCAGGGUCCUCUCGGACUCGGCAAGCGGCAUCCGCCGCUGGUGGAGUGCGCCGCAUGCGUUGGACAAGGGAUAUGAGCGCAAACGCAUUGAGGGCGUACUAUUGGGCGAAAGGGGAAGAAACUGCGGAGAUAGCGUAUCGGGCUCGGAUGCAUUUCUUUUUUGCUGAGCUGAAGCCGUCUAUUCCCGUCACGGAACAAAAGCUGGCAGACCGAGUUCGGUACAUCAUGCGCUCGAAAAUAUUCGAUGAUGCCGAGCUCGAACGACUACGACGUGAGGCCAUUCCCUCAUCGAAUGAAUUGGCUACGGCUGGGGAUGAGGCUCCUCAGGCGACAGACCAGCUGCCACGAGUAGAAGCCGCCAUGGAUCUUCCAGUUGUGGGUGAUUCAGACGAUGAUGAAAUGGUCUCCCACGAACUAGAGCAAAUGAGGAGUAUAUUGGAAGAGGCGAUUUUAGAAACGCGCAGCAUGCCUCUCGAAAAUCGACCGCGACUUCCCCGCAUACCCCUAAGCAAAUGA